AUGGAAACCAAGCUACAAAACAAUUACGCUGAUUCUGAGAUUGAGUACAUUUUGGAGAGAAGCUAUGAAUUUUGUGGACAACAUUUAUGGAUCAGUCAGAGCUCAAAUGCCCAGAUUGGGACAUCUGGUUUCAUAUGGGAAGCUGGUCUUGCUCUGUGUGAGUAUAUUGAAAAACAGAGGAUAAUGUUUAAUGGCAUGAAGGUGAUCGAACUGGGUGCAGGAACUGGAAUAUUAGGAAUCUUAGCAGUUCUGCUAGGAGGAAAUGUGACAAUUACAGACCAACCAAAUGUUUUAAAGCAAAUUGAACAUAAUGUUGUUGCGAGCAUCUCACCGUCUUGUAGAGAUCGGGUAAAUAUCCGUGCCCUAUCCUGGGGUCAUGAUCACAUUCAGUUUCCUCGUGACUACGAUUUCAUCUUUGGUGGAGAAAUUGUCUAUUUUCCAAAGACCUAUCCCUUACUAAUAAAGACUUUACAACAUCUCAGUAGUGAAAGAACCAUCAUUUAUCUUUCUUCAAAAAUGUGGCAGGACUUUCAGAUUAAUAAAUUCUACGAAGACAUUCUACCUGAACAUUUUAAUUGCCAAAUUGUUGACAGAAAUGAAGAAAAUGACAUCAAUGUGUAUAAAGUGACCAAAAAGGUCCAUGCUCUGGGGAUUAGCUGUUAA